AUGGAUCUUUCAUUAUAUUUAUUAUCAGAGGUUGCAGAACUUCCAGCAGAGAAGAAAUCAUCUGCUUCAGCUGAUAGAGAUGCUAUCCUUGCAAGGGUUGAAAAUGAAAAGAGAAUGUCUUUGAUCAAGGCAUGGGAAGAAAAUGAAAAGGCCAAAGCUGAGAACAAGGCAAUUAAGAACAAGUCAUCCACUACCGCGUGGGAAAACUCGAAGAAGGCAUCCAUUGAAGCUGAUUUGAGGAAGGCUGAGGAAAAGCUAGAGAAGAAGAAGGCCGAGUACGCUGAGAAGAAGAAGAACAGGCUUGCAUUGCUCCACAAGGCAGCAGAAGACAAGAGAGCCAUGAUCGAAGCAAAACGGGGUGAAGACGUCCUCAAAGCCGAGGAAACGGCUGCAAAAUUCCGGGCAACCGGACUUGCACCGACAAAGAUCUUCGGCUGCUUUGGUCCUUGAAAUUGUUUGAAGAUCAAUUAACUUUGAGGGAGGAUUUUUUUUAUUAGUUGGUUUUGUUUUGUUUUGUUCUGUUCUGUUCAGGUGUUGGAUUGGAAUUUGUUGUUCUUGUAUAUAUCCAUGUUAACUUACAAGGACAAAAGGGUUUGGUGAUGUAUAAUUUUAUGUUUUUUUUUCCCCUUUUUUGUUUGGUGAUAUGAAAGACGUUGGUUAUUGUAUUAAUUUCAGUAAGGCAUUUAAUUGUUCUUUAGCAUGA